GUGAUGGAAGGAAUAAUACGUUCCCUCUCAAAAUUUGAGCAGAGAAAAUCUGCGUUGCAAGCGCCAUAGGCCACCUAUUUUGUGACGAAAAAACACAAAAAGCAUUCAUGUACUGAGUUGUGCUCCAAAUCAUUGCGUGAUGUCUGCCUAACCUCUUAGUCCCAUGCUGUUGACUGUAAUACAGCAGGUGGCAUAUCCUAACACUUAUGUUGGUGGAGUGGAUGUUAUACUAAUUUUAACUAACCUAGAGACUUCUCCCAGACUUAUUUCACAGCCUCCGUCAGCCCAUCUUCCCCUCUGCUUCCCUCACUGCCUCAUCUGUCACUCCUCUACCCAGCAGCAGCUCUCAAUCCCAGGGCCAGCUUCUCUCUUCCAUGCACCUCUCAGCUGACCUACCGUCCAUCAGUCAUGACCACAGACUCGUCUCCGCAGCCCCCCUGCCUAUCUCCUCCCUCAUGGCCAAUCAAACCAGUGGGACCGGUGAAGGUUCCUCCUAUGUACAGAACUACAUGCCUCUGUUCACUGCGCCAGUGCCACCUAGUGGUCAGGCUGGAGGCUCCUCCCUCAUGCAACCCUCAGCCCCUCCCACACUGCCACACACCCAGCCCUGCCAAGGUGCUGUCACAGCAACAUCAGUAGCCCCCCCACCCCUGGACGAUGCCACAAGCCUGGACGGUUCCCCACCCCCAUCUGUCAUCACACACACUGCCUCCUCCAUUGUUACACCCAGUGAGGCUGCCACCACCUUCAGUCAGGGCUCUGAGCUCAGCUCCUUAACCCGGGCUCCUCCACCACCACCACCCCCCCUCCAGCCCCUGGCACCCUCACCUGCCAUCCCCCUCCAACCCCCCCAUACUUUCGCCCUGCCCAGACCCAUCCAGCCUUCUUGCUCCAGCAAAAAGACAUGCCAUGUGCAAAGGAUAGUUCCUGCCAACCCCAUCCCCUCAUCUCACCUCAUCCUAACAACCCCCUUCCCAGGGCAUACCAGUGCAGUGAUUGUUACUCCAACUCCCCUGAAAGCAGACGUGGUUCCCUCAACUGGCGUGGUCAUCGCCUCCUCAAGCCUAUCAAGGGCUCCUGGAUUUCAUAUCCUUCCACAGACUCCG